AUGGCGCUUCUCUCGGAAGAAGUUGCUUCUAGGAUGUUUAAGGUUCUUCUCAAGCUAUGGGAAGACACUUUAUCUUGGUUUUUGAAGUUUUGCAAAGAGAAUGCUUCUCGGAUUCAAAGUACUGGUGUAGGUGGUCUUAUAACAACCUGGAUGUCAAGUCUGUUUGGUACAGUUUGUUCCUUCUUUGCCUAUUUUUUCAAGAACAGUGAUGAAUCAUCCGAUGAGUAUGGUAAACAUUCUGAAUCUGAAGAACAGAGUGAAGAACAGACAGAGGAAUUUGAAGAACACACGGAGAAAUCUAAAGAAAACACACCGAAAUCUAUCAGAUUCCUCCGUGUCUUCUUUAGAUUCCUCCGUAUAUUGAAUUAUGAUUCAUUGAGACGAUUCUGA